AUGGAAACUUCACCACCACCACAAUUAACAUUACGCCUCAUAUUCUCUGAAACUAAGCGAGUCCUCAUAGCCCAACCCCGCCAUUUCUUGACCCUAAGCCUCAUCUUCCUCAUCCCACUCUCCAUAGCCGCAGCCAUCUUCCCCAUCUACUUUGAAAGCCUCUUCACUCUAUUUCGUUUUUCUGUUCAACCCUCGGUCACUUUUCCAACCAAAACCCUUUUAUUCGUCCUCGCUUACACUCUCUUCAUCUCACUCUUUUCUACCUCAGCUAUCGGAACAAUUACCAACUCUGUCAUCGAAACCUUCCAUGGCCAAACCCUGAUCAAUCUCCAAUCCGCCACCAAAUCUCUCUCCACUUCAUUUUUCAGGCUCUUGGUCACCAAUAACUAUGCCGGAAAAAUUGUCGUUCUUAUAACCUUUGGCUCCUUGUUCGUCUUAUCUCUUUUAAUUCUCGGAGCUGUUUUAUAUGGGUACAACAUCGAUUUCUCUUCACCAAAAUUUCUGCUACUGUUUUUGGCUUUCUCGAUUGUUCAACUUUCGGUUGCGAUAUUUCUUCAUGUGAAUUGGACUCUGUCGUCUGUUGUGGUCGUGGCUGAAAAGAUAUCGGGUUUGGCGUCGUUGAAAAGGAGUUGGAGCUUGGUCAAGGGAAGGAGAUUGCUUGUGUUUAAUAUGUCUAUGUGUUCAGGAUUACCAUUGGCCACUUUGUGGUUGGUUAAUUUUCGUUUGAAUUGGCCAUCUCUUGAAUUAGCAGAAGAUGAAGAUGGUAGUGAUAAGUUGAUAAUAUUAUUCUCUUUGACUCUACAAGUUUUAUUAUUUUCAACUAUUCAAACCUCAAUAUUACUUAUUGCAUUGACUGCAAAUACUGUAUUAUAUCUGUAUUGUAAUAAGGCCGGCGUAGUUCUUCAUGGGGAUAAGGAGUUUUCCGGAAACUACAUCAGCUUAAAAGUCUAUGAUGAGGAGGAGGGAGGGAAAGUUUCUUCUGUGAUGAGUAAACUUGAUAAUUGA